AACCGGCAGGCUGCCAGGUUUCCAAGGACGCGCGCGCCUUGGACUUGUAGCCGCGAGGGCCUUGCCCCGGAUCCAGACCCAGAACUCCCGCUCGGCGCUGCGCACCCGGACCUGGACGUGGUCGUCAGGGGCCCAAGAUGAGCAGCAGUGACUCCUCCCUGCUGGCUGGGAUCAUUUACUACAGCCAGGAAAAGUACUUCCGCCAUGUGCAGCGGGCUGCAGCUGUGGGGCUGGAAAAAUUCAGCAAUGACCCUGUGUUGCAGUUCUUUAAAGCUUAUGGAGUCCUCAGGGAAGAGCGUAUCCAGGAUGCCAUCAAUGAGCUGGAGAAUGUCCGUGGUCACCCAGACCUGUCCCUGUGCUCCAUCAUCGCCCUGCUGUAUGCUCACAGACGCUGCGAAACCCUUGAUCGAGAAGCAAUUCAGGAGCUGGAGAGCGAACUGAAAGAGGUCCACAGGCUGGCCAGUGAGACUGCUCUGUACUAUGCUGGCCUCUUCCUCUGGCUCAUAGGCCGCCAUGACAAGGCCAAGGAGUAUGUUGACCACAUGCUGAAGGUCUCCAGCAGCUCCAGAGAGGGCUGUGUGCUCAAAGGCUGGGUGGACCUUACCUCAGAGAAGCCCCACCUCGUGAAGAAAUCCAUCAAGUACCUGGAGCAAGGCAUUCAGAGCAACAAGGAUGUGCUGGGGCUGAUGGGAAAGGCAACUUACCUCAUGAUGCAGCAGAACUAUUCAGGUGCCCUGGACACGGUGAACCAGAUCUCCUUGGCCUCGGGGAGCUUCCUGCCAGCCUUGAUCCUAAAGAUGCAGCUGUUCCUGGCUCAGCAGGACUGGGAACAGAUGAUAGAAACUGUGCACAGAAUCCUUGAAAAAGAUGACAGCAAUAUCGAUGCCUGCCAAAUACUAGCGGUCCAUCAGCUUAUGAGAGAAGGAAAUGUGACCACAGCUACUGAUCAUGUUAGAAAUCUGAUUAAGGCACUAGAGAGGAGAGAGCCUCAAAAUCCAAGCCUCCAUCUGAAGAAAGUUCUCGUGAUCUGCAGACUGUGUGGAAGGCACCGGGCAAUCCUACAGCUAGUGAGUAACUUCAUGGAGCGCAUCUUCCUGGCCGUGCCUUCCUGUGCCCAGGUGGCCACAGAGCUGGGCUACCUCUUCAUCCUGCAGAACCAAGAGAAGGAGGCAGCUCUGUGGUACUCAAAGGCCAUGAAACUCGGAGAGAACAGUAUGGCUGCACUGGCAGGGACUAUCUGGUGCCACAUCUUGAAAGAUGAGCUGGAGGAGGCCGAGCACCAGCUGGAGUUCCUGAAGGAGGUGCAGCAGUCCCUGGGGAGGUCCGAGGUGCUGGUUUUCCUCCAAGCCCUUCUGGCAUCUAAGAAGCACAAGGGAGAGCAGGAGGUCACAGCACUCCUGCAGGAGGCGGCGGAGCUGCACUUCUCCAAUGUGCAGGGCCUGCCUCUGAGCCCCCAGUACCUCGAGAAGCUGGACCCCCCCUUCCUGGUCUGCAUUGCCAAGGAGUAUUUGCAGUUCUGCCCCAAGCAGCCUCGGGCGCCAGGCCAGCUCGUGUCUCCACUCCUUAAACAAGCUGCUCUGAUCUUGAAUCCAGUGGUGAAGGCGGCCCCUGCCUUGAUAGACCCCCUGUAUGUGAUGGGUCAGGUCCAGUACCUCUCAGGAGAGCUGGAGAAUGCACAGAGCACCGUGCAGCGCUGCCUGGAGCUGGACCCCACCUCCACAGAUGCCCACCUCCUCAUGGCACAGAUCUACCUAGUGCAGGGCAACUUUGCCAUGUGCUCCCACUGUUUAGAGCUGGGCGUCAGCCACAACUUCCAGGUCAGAGACCACCCACUGUAUCACUUGAUCAAGGCCAGGGCCCUCAACAAAUCCGGGGACUACCAGGAGGCCAUAAAGACCCUGAAAAUGAUCAUGAAACUGCCCACCCUGAAGGCAGAAGAAGGCAGGAAGACCCGCAGGCCCUUUGUGCAGCCCAGUGAGCGGGUGUCCAUCCUCCUGGAGCUGGUCAGUGCCCUCCGGCUGAACGGAGAGCUGCAUGAGGCCACCAAGGUCAUGCAGGACGCCAUCAUCGAGUUCAGCGGCACGACAGAGGAGAUCAGCAUCACCAUUGCCAAUGUGGACCUGGCCCUGAGCAAGGGCAAUGUGGACCUGGCCCUGAGCAUGCUGAAGGACAUCACAUCCAAGCAACCCUGCUACAUGGAAGCCAAGGAGAAGAUGGCCAGCAUCUACCUGCAGAACCGAAAAGAUACCUACCUCUACAUUGGAUGCUACCGCACAACAGGAAAAGCAACAGAGAACAGCUUGGCUGCCUCAGGAAGAGGGCCCUGGAGGGGUGGAGGUGAAGGUCUGGACAGUGAGCUCUGUGAACAUCUGCCGGGUCCCCACACCAGCCUGCUCCUGGGCGACGCUUUCAUGAAGAUUCAGGAGCCUGAGAAGGCCCUGGAGGUGUACAACGAGGCCUAUAAGAAGAACCCACACGACGCCUCCCUGGUCAGCAGGAUUGGGCAAGCGUAUGUGAAGACACACCAGUACUCCAAGGCAAUUAAUUAUUAUGAGGCUGCUCAGAAGAUUAGCGGGCAGGACUCUCUGUGCUGCGAUCUGGCUGAACUGCUCCUGAAGUUAAAGAAGUUCAAUAAAGCAGAAAAGGUUUUGAAGCAGGCACUGGAACAUGACUUCGUCAAAGACAUCCCAUCCAUGAUGAACGAUGUUAAGUGCUUGCUUUUGCUGGCGAAGGUUUAUAAGAGCUAUAAAAGAGAAGAGGUGUCAGAGACUCUGAACAAGGCCUUGAACCUGCAGUCUCGGAUACUAAAGCGGGUUCCGCUAGAGCAACCAGAAAUGCUCCCCUCCCAGAAGCAACUGGCGGCCUCCAUCUGCAUGCUGUUCGGGGAAUUCUACUGGGCAGAGAAGGACUAUGCCAGGGCAGAGCAGUCUUACAAGGAAGCCCUCUCCUACUCACCCAUUGACAAUAAGGUGGUGCUGGAGCUGGCGCGCCUCUCCCUGCUCCAGGGAUACCUGGACUCCUGUGAGCAGCACUGCACCGUCCUCCUGCAGACUGAUCAGACCCACGAGAGCGCCUCUGUGGUGAUGGCUGACUUGAUGUUUAGAAAACAGAACUACGACGCAGCCUUUAACCUGUACCACCAAGUUCUAGAGAAAGCACCAGACAACUUUUUGGUAUUGGAUAAAUUAAUCGAUCUGCUACGAAGAAGUGGCACACUUGAAGAGGCUCCUGCCUUCUUUCAAUCUGCCCAGAAGAUGUCCAGCCGGGUGCCUAUGGAGCCAGGGUUCAACUACUGCAGGGGCAUCUACUGCUGGCACAUAGGACAGCCCAACCAAGCCUUGAAGUUCCUAAACAAAGCCCGCAAGGAUAUCACUUGGGGUCAGAAGGCCAACUACUACAUGGUGCACAUCUGUCUGAAUCCAGACAACGAGCUUGUAGGUGGAGAGGCUUUCGAGAACCAACUGACCAAGAGCAAGAAGGAAUCUGAGCAGCAGGGCAUACGCACUGCGGAGAAGCUGCUGCGUGAUUUCUACCCGCUCUCGGCCUCUGGGCAGACCCAGCUGCGGCUGCUGCAGAGCCUCUGCCUACUGACCACCAGGGAGAAGGCCAACGUGGAGGCCGCACUUGGAGCCUUCCUGGAGAUCGCACAGGCUGAGAAAGACAGUGUCCCUGCCUUGUUGGGCAUGGCACAGGCCUGCGUGCUGCUGAAGCAGAUCCCCAAGGCGCGCACGCAGCUGAAGCGGCUGGCCAAGGCCCCGUGGACACUGGCUGAAGCCGAGGACCUGGAGAAGAGCUGGCUUCUGCUGGCUGAUAUCUACUGCUCAGGUGGCAAGUUCGAUCUCGCCACGGAGCUACUGCGCCACUGCAUCCAGUACAAUAAGUCCUGCUACAAGGCCUAUGAGUACAUGGGCUUCAUCAUGGAGAAGGAGCAGUCCUACAAAGACGCAGCCACCAGCUACGAGCUGGCGUGGAAGUACAGCCAUCAGGCCAACCCUGCCAUUGGUUUCAGACUCGCUUUCAACUAUCUGAAGGCCAAAAAAUUUGUGGAAGCCAUAGAAGUCUGCCACAAUGUCCUCAGGGAGCACCCCAGCUACCCCAAGAUCAGAGAAGAAAUUUUGGAAAAAGCUCAAAAGUCACUGAGGCCCUAACUGUGGCCGGAGGGGGCCAUGGCUGGUGGAAACCUUUGAUGUGCAGCAUCUCGUGGAGGGACAGGAAGUGGAUUAGUGAAGAAGAAAUUUAGUAAAUGACGUAUUCUUUCA